AUGUUCCACACCAUCUUCCAAUCAGCUUACUCUGCCUCUUUUUUUGUUCUUAUUUCAUCCCUUCUUUAAUUCCACAAGAUUUCCAGUUAGUUGCUCUUUGCUAUUUGGCUACUUCGGAUUUAUUUGUCAACCACUCACUCCUUAGUUCGCUUGCUUCAGGUGCAUUAUUGUUACUGGACAGCAAACAAAACCACAUUCAGGAACCUAAAUGUGGAACAUCCAUCUCCUGAUUGGACUCAACAUAGAGUAAGGCUAUUUCAGCGCCAAACAGAGGAAUAUGAAGAAGCCAAGUGUCUUGCCAGGCAGUAGCUGGAAGAUUCCCAAGCCGAGAGUGAGAGAGAGAGGUGACCAAACGAAAGGUUAAGAACAAUAAGCGGUACCUGUCCAGCUCUGAUGAUGAAGCAGGUCCAUGCUCUACUGAGAGAACGAGAGUUCCCAUGGCAGAGAGAACGCUGUUGCUGAUAGAACCAUCCAGCAGAGAUGUUCCUGUUUCGAAGAGGACAACACUGCCAGCUGAGUCCCUCAACGGUGAAGUCAUAGAUUUAAUGGCCACAAGUACACCAAGGCAAAGGGUCACCCCAAGGCAAAAAGCCACUGAAGAUCAAGCAGCAGGCAUCGCUGAUGCUUUAAGGAAUAAUGCUGCAAUCACAGAUAUCUGCAAGUCACUGCUAAUAAAAGUGAACAUGAUGGAGGGGAAAAUGCACACCAUGGAGAAGCUGCUCCAUAAUGUGGCUUCUCGGCAUUCUGAGAGCCAAACUCAAGAUGAUCUGCGCCUGGAGCCUUGUAAAGAUGCGGAGGACUUUACCUUGCUUGACAAUAACUUGCAGGACAAGGCAUAUUUCCAGCAAGCUGUCCGUUUUCUAAGCCUCAUUGGAGGACGGAAGCUGGGAGAAAAUACAAGACGGACCAUGCUGGCUGUCGCCAGCAAUGCUGUUUGGUGUGGAUACAGCCUGCAUGGGAAGAAGCAGAAAGCCAAGCUGUGUAACCUUAAAAUAUUCAGGCUGAUCAAACGUGCUGUGAAGACCUCGCUUCCAGACUCCACAGAUAAGGACAUAGAGGUGCAAAUAAUGGAAGUCCUUACGCAUGCUCCCCAGAAAGUCAGAAGAGAGGCUGAAGCACAGCAUCGUGCCACACAAAUGGAGGCCCAUUCUUCUGAGGAGGACUAAGUGAACCUGCACCCUUUCUGUUUUAUUUUUCUCAGUUUUGUUCACAAUUUUAGAUUUUUCUAUUUUUAUAUAUUUUUUUUGAUCAUUUUUUUAAAGCGCCUUGUGGUUUUUAUUUUGAGAGGCGCUAUAAAAAUGUUUUGUUUAAAUUGUGUAUGCAAGUGUCAAAUCUUUAUGUAAUAAAAAGCUGAAAAGUCA